AUGGCUAAAGAAACAUUAUACGAAGGAGUUAACCUUCCAUCUGAUCCAAACUUGCCCAUAUGGUUAUUGACUCCUAAAGAAGAAAAGUUGGUUUUCCAAAGAUGGAGAAAGAAAGCUUUCGAAAGAUGUGAUGUAUACAUCAAGAAAUUCAUUGCAUGUUCCAAUAGUUAUGAAAAUCCAAUCGAAGCCAUGGUUAAAUGUAAAGCUGCCAACACCGAACAAAUGCAAUGUGUUGCAGAAUACCAAAAAAUGAAAUAUUUGGAUGAAGAAAGAGAUAUUUUGGUCAAAGAAAAGAUGGAAAAAAGACAACUGUAA